AAAUACAGUUGACCUAACUUUAGGUAUCAUUAGCUAACGGUAACUUCCUCUCCGUCAAAAUAGGUUGCAGCACUUAACACGUGUUGCCAGCCUGUAAUACAACGCAAAAAAAAAACGAUUAAAUUUAUAAUUCGCAGAUGGCCGCGAGUGGAGAAAGUUUAUUUUUAUAAUAAUAGCGAAGCCACAUGCGCAAACGCAAACACCACAUGUCAAUGGUCUUAAGAUUACUGAACUUUUAUAGGUAAAUGAACCCGAUAUGGCUGAAUUCAUCACACCUUACGAAGACGACGGCCUGCUUCAAGAGGCUGAUAGCGUCACAGACCUACACGCUUAUUACAUGUCGCAAUUUAAUUUAGAAAUAGAAAAUAAUAAGAGAAAGAGCGAUAACUUCAAACAUGGAAAUGAAGAGAGCUUCGAUUUUGAAGUCCUCGAUUGGAACAAUGGAACCACUCCCAACACUGACUUUGAAAUAAUAGAUGAAGUAAUUGAUAAGAAUAUCAAGGAACAUAAUAUAAAAGAGGUGCUCUUAGAUCUAGACAGCAUCGAGUUUGAUGACAAUAGUUUUAAAAGCGAAUCUUAUAGCGAAACAAGAGCUGAAACUAACUUUUAUGAAGGAAAUAAUGACUACAUAGAUGACGAAUCGUUAAUUGAUGAGCUUUGUCGAGAAGAUGGUGAAAAUUCAAACUCCGGUUUCAAAGAAGAAUAUCUUGCUACUCCAACAGAACCUAACCAAUUACCUUCUAUAGAAACUGCUUUUGCAAAACGUUAUUGCAAUUAUAACGUAGAAGAAGUACCACAAAAACAGUACUAUAGCCAAACAAAUGAAACCAUUGUAAAUAACAAUAAUAAUACUAACGUGGUUAACAGUUUAGAACAAUACAGUUAUCCAAACAACAUCUUGUAUAAUUUAGAUAGCGAUAAAACCUAUAUUUUACCAGAUACACCGACAAGUUGUACUGAAUUUAAUUUUGAAAGACAUGAAAGAAAAGUUUCAGUGUCAGAAUCUAUCGAGAGCGACGUGCAGAGUUCAACUUACUACGAUGAAAACUCUGAAUUAUUAGAUGAAGAUGAACUUUUCGUUAACUUGGAUGAUUUUGGAUUGAAUUUUGAAAGGGAGAAUGAAGAAGUUAAUGUUGAGAAUAAGUACAAUUACUCAACUGAAAGAAGAACAGCAAAGGACAAAUCACAAGGAGAACGAGUGUGCUUAUGGGAACAUUGCUACGAGAGGUAUCCGAAUCAGAAUACUCUGGUGGAACACAUUGAAAGAGCACAUGUUAAUACAUAUAAAGGUGACGAAUUUAGCUGCCUGUGGCGCGAGUGCGCGCGCGCACGGCGCCCAUUCAACGCGCGCUACAAGCUGCUCAUACACAUGCGGGUUCAUUCCGGACAUAAGCCUAAUCGCUGUCAUCACCCAGGUUGCGGCAAAGCAUUCUCCCGCCUGGAGAACCUCAAGAUCCACGUGAGAUCGCACACGGGUGAGCGGCCGUACGCCUGCCCCGCGCCGCAUUGUCGGAAGGCGUUCUCCAACUCCUCGGAUCGGGCUAAGCAUCAGAGGACGCAUUUUAAUGCUAGACCGUACGCCUGCGGAGCAGCCGGCUGCGGCAAGCGCUACACCGACCCUUCCUCCCUCCGAAAACACGUCAAGUCCCACCCCCACGUCACCAGCGUGCCCAGGACUUGUCUACCACCGCGACCUCGUCGGAUAGAGCAGGAACAGAUGGUGCCGAGCUCGCCCGCAAAACUGACGACGCUUAGGUGUAUCAGGGAUAAGUUGACUGUGCCAAGGUUACAGAGAUUAUAGAUUCAGGACUGUAACUGCCUGUA